AUGACACCUAGUCCGCUCUGGGCCACAAACUUGCAUGCGCCCAGUGUGGUUUGGCAUGAUGGGAGCAUGAUGGAAGGUCAUUUCAAAGAUGCCCGGUCGAGUGAUACGAGUGUUACCCGUAAUCAGUUUGCUGGAUCUUUGUUGCCGCCCGGCAUUGCUCAACCUGGAGGCUGCACUCGACCGUUCACUGUUGGUUGGAUUGUCUUUGAUCUCGGCCAAGGCUGUUCUUUCUCCUGCGGCACGAGGACGCAUCAUCUCGCCUCCACCAGCAGCAACUAUGUUGAGACAGCUUCUAUUCCAUGCAGGGGACGUGGUGUGGCUAAGAAGCGGUUGUUGUGGAUCGCGUUCAAGCGAGGCUGA